GAAAACGUGGAAAACCCGUUAUGUCCAUAAAAACAAAAGGAAACGAAAGUGGGAUUGGACGGCUUGAAUUUCCCGAAUCUCAGGGCCUUUCCAGAAACGAGGCGAAUCCGAAUCCCGGCUGCUCGCCUUUCCUUUUUCUUCACUGUCUCCAAUGUCCUCGUGGAUCGAUGGCGGGAGCUCGAAAGUGCUUCUUUCCAUACCCUAGUGACCACAAACCCUAGAUCCGACCGUUCCACCACUUCGUCUACUAUGGCAUCCGACGGCGACGCGGGAGGCGGGUGCCGCCACGUUCUUGAGAAACUCACACCCUCCCGCAACGCGGUGGCGGUACUUCUUGGAGGGUUUGUGCUCGGUGCCUCCGUGCUGGCCCUGCACCUCGGUUAUAUGCCGCAGCUAGCGGGGUUGCGGUUGCCAGGGAGGAGGAAGAAGAGACCAGUUCGGGUUUACAUGGACGGGUGCUUUGACAUGAUGCAUUAUGGCCACUGCAACGCCCUUCGGCAGGCGCACGCGCUCGGGGACGAGCUUGUCGUUGGUGUGGUUAGUGAUGCGGAGAUCACGGCGAACAAGGGCCCGCCGGUGACCCCUAUCAACGAAAGAUUGAUCAUGGUUGGUGCAGUUAAAUGGGUUGAUGAGGUCAUCCCGGAUGCUCCCUAUGCUAUCACGGAGGAAUUCAUGAAAAGGCUCUUCAAUGAGUAUAAUAUAGAUUACAUUAUCCAUGGUGAUGAUCCUUGCUUGCUACCAGAUGGCACUGAUGCCUACGCGCUUGCCAAGAAAGCUGGCCGCUAUAAGCAAAUCAAGAGAACUGAAGGAGUGUCGAGCACUGAUAUUGUUGGUCGCAUGCUUCUCUGCGUGAGAGAGAGAUCAAGUGGAGAUCAUCAUACACAUUCUUCCUUACAAAGGCAAUUCAGCCAUGGACAUGGCCCAAGAGUUGAUGAUGGCGGGUCUCCCCGAGGGGGAACACGAAUAUCUCACUUUCUGCCAACAUCUCGCCGUAUAGUUCAAUUUUCUAAUGGAAAGAGUCCUGAUCCCCAUGCCCGAAUAAUCUACAUAGAUGGUGCAUUUGAUCUGUUCCAUGCUGGGCAUGUGGAGAUAUUACGCCUUGCUAAAGCACUUGGAGACUUUUUGCUGGUUGGAAUUCAUACUGAUCAGACUGUGAGGUCGUCUGGUUUUAAUCGAGGGGCACAUCGUCCAAUUAUGAAUCUUCAUGAGAGAAGUUUGAGUGUUUUGGCAUGUCGGUAUGUGGAUGAGGUGAUUAUUGGAGCACCAAGGGAGAUCUCAAAGGACAUGAUUACAACCUUCAAUAUCUCGUUGGUUGUUCAUGGAACAAUUGCUGAAAACAUGGAUUAUAUUAAGCAGGAGAGAUCAAAUCCUUAUUCUAUUCCGAUGGAUAUGGGCAUCUUCAAAAUAAUAGAAAGUCCUUUAGACAUCACAACUAGCACAAUCAUCAAGAGAAUUGUUGCAAAUCAUGAAGCUUUUCAGAAACGAAAUGAGAGGAAGGAAGACAGUGAGAGGAGGUACUACGAGAAUAAGACACAUAUAUCUGGAGACUAACUCCGAUGAAAUUAACCUUCAAUAGCUUGGUAUUUACAAAUACAACAGUUUCUUGAGUUCAUAUCAUUUAAAAAAAAAUAUUUGUAUGGCUUUCAUUUCAGUCCAUGGUACCAUGGGUUGAUCCCAGUUUUGUAUUAUUUAUAAUUCUCCUCCUAGCUGUCUGCUAACUAGCAAUUCGAUUCCAUUAGGGAAAACUUAUAUUAUUAGCCAGCAGAUACAUCUGUGAUUACUUUUCACCCUUUAUUAUAUGAUUGAAUAUAUCAUUUGCUUA